CUUUUCGAUCCGCCAUCUGCGCCUCACGUGGGGCCGCCACCAAAAUGCAGAUUUUCGUGAAAACCCUUACGGGGAAAACCAUCACCCUCGAGGUUGAACCCUCGGAUACGAUAGAAAAUGUAAAGGCCAAGAUCCAGGAUAAGGAAGGAAUUCCUCCUGAUCAGCAAAGACUGAUCUUUGCUGGCAAGCAAGCGGAAGAUGGAUGUACUUUGUCUGACUACAACAUUCAGAAGGAGUCUACUCUUCAUCUUGUGUUGAGACUUCGUGGUGGUGCUAAGAAAAGGAAGAAGAAGUCUUACACCACUCCCAAGAAGAAUAAGCACAAGAGAAAGAAGGUUAAGCUGGCUGUCCUGAAAUAUUACAAGGUGGAUGAGAAUGGCAAAAUUAGUCGCCUUCGUCGAGAAUGCCCUUCUGAUGAAUGUGGUGCUGGAGUGUUUAUGGCAAGCCACUUUGACAGACAUUAUUGUGGCAAAUGUUGUCUGACUUACUGCUUUAACAAACCAGAAGACAAAUAACCGAGUUAAUAAAAGACAUGAACUAACAAAAAAAAAAAAAAAAGAAAAAGGAGUAAGAAAGCUCACAUGCUUGAAUAAAAUGUAGCAGUUUCCUCAAGUCUUUUUUGUGUAACUAACAUGCUUGAAUCCAAAAGCAGCUCAGGGCACUCAAAUAGUGAAAUGGCACAUGGUCUUUCUAUGAGAAAGCUGUGUUUAUUUAAACAGUGGAUGCUUAUCUUUUCCUUUAUGUUCAGAUUCUCAGAUUACAGUAAUAGCUGCCAUUUAUUAGUGCUUUAUUAUGUUCCAGCUGUUGUAAAUUUUUCACAUUUUUAUUUUCUCAUUUAAUCUUCAGAAAUCACUUAUGGAGACAGUUGCCAAGAUCAUCCUUAUUUUAAGGUGAGGGAAAGCAGAGGAAGUGGGUGGGCGUGCGGUGCCUCAUGCCUGUAAUCCCAGCACUUUGGGAGGCCAAGGCCGAAGAAUCACUUGAGACUCUUUGAAACCAGCCUGGUCAUCAUAACAAGACGCCAUCUCUACAAAAGAAAAUUAAAAAAUUAGCUAGGUGUGGUGGCAUACACCUGUAGUCCCAGCUAGUUGUUGGAAGUCUGAGGUGGGAGGAUCACUUGAGUCCAGUUAGAGGCUGCAGUGAGCCAUGAUUGCAGCAUUGCAGUCCAGCUGGGGCAACAGUAAGAACCUGUCUCAAACGAACAAAGGAAAAAGAAAUCCAGUAAUUUGCCCAGUUUAAGAGGUUGGUCUGGGAUUCCGUUUAAAGUCUACUGAUCUCAAACUCAUGGUCUAACUACCUGGUACUGUUUCUGGUGUAUUCUCAUGAUAUCAUAGGCCGCAGGUACUUCACCUUCAUAGAAUAAAACCAGAUAAUGUUUACAUUUGAAAGAGAUAAUAAAGAACCACGCUUCAGGCUGGGUGUGGUGGCUCACACCUGUAAAUCCCAGCACUUUGUGAGGCUGAGGUGGGUGGAUCACCUGAGGUCAGGAAUUUGAGACCAGCCUGGCCAAUGUGGCAAAACCCUGUCUUUACUAAAAAUACAAAAAAAUUAGCUGGGUACGGUGGCGGUUGCCUGUAAUCCCAGCUGUUCGAGAGACUGAGGCAUGGCAGUCACUUGGAUCCAGGAGGCAGAGGUUGCAGUGAGCUGAGAUAUGGCUAUGUCAUUCCAGCCUGGACAACAGAGAGAUACUUAGUCUCAAAAAAAAAAAAAAAACUUUCAUUGUUUAGCUUAAAAAAUAAAAUAAAAUAAUUAGGCCCAAAGUUUGUUUGUUUUGUUUUGUUUUUGAGACAGAAUAGUGCUCCAUCACCCAGGCUGGAGUGCAGUCACACAAUCUCAGCUGCCUGGGCUCAAGUGAUUCUCCUGCCUCAUCCUCCCGAGUAACUAGGAUUACAGGUGCCCACCAUCAUGCCCAGCUAAUUUUUCGCAUUUUUAGUAGAGAUGGGGUUUCACCACUUUGGCCAGGCUGGUCUUGAACUCCUGGCCUCAAGUGAUCCACCCACCCUGGCCUCCCAAAUUGCUGGGAUUACAGGCGUGAGCCAUAGUGCCUGGCCAGGCCCAAAAUUUUAAACAGUUUUUCAUUCAGCCAACCAAUCAACUAGCAUAUAUUUACUGAGUAUCUACUAUAUGCCAAGUAACAAGUACGUCAAACAAGGCCCAGGCCUUCAUGAAGUCCCACUGGCCUUUAGUCAUGGAUUUGGUGGUGGGUUAUUGGUGGGAGGCAUUAGUUGAAUAGCAUGUUGGCUUUGAAUGCUGUUCAUUAGCUGAGGGACAAUGGGCAAACUGUUCAUUCUUUUUAAAGCUCAGUUUUUUCACCUGAAAAUGGUAAUAAGAAUAAGAUCUAUUACACUGUCUUACUGUGAAGAUUAAAUGUAAAUCACUUAGCAAGAUAUCUGACACUUGGUAAAUGCUCAGUAAGUAUUAGCUGCUAAUAGUAUAAUUAGAAAUAGGCCGGAUGCAGUGGCUCAUGCCUGUAAUCCCAGCACUUUGGGAGGCUGAAGUGGGAGGAUUGUUUGAGCCCAGGAAUUUGAGACCAUUGUAGGCAACAGAGUGAGACCUCAUCUCUAUUUGAAAAAAUUAUUUUUAUUAUUUUAUUUUAUCAUAUCUAACUGCAGCUUUUAACACCUGGACACAAGUGAUCCUCCUGCCCUAGCCUCUGAAAUAGCUACAACUAUAGGCACAUGCCAUUACACAUGCUAACAAAAAUUAAAUUAGAAAUAUUUCUAGUAGUAACUGUAUUUCACCCUGACAAGGAAGGUACAUACAAAGAUAUUUAUAGUAAUAUGUGAGUUAUAUGAUGGGAAAGAAAUGGAGAGCUUCAAAAAUGCAGUAGAGCCAGACCUAACUCCCAGUUCAGUCAGGGAAGGUUCUGGUGCAGCAAUGCUGUUUUCUGUUUCACCUUCUUUGAGUGUGUGUGUGUGUGUGUGUGUGUGUGUUUUAAACUUGAUAACUUAUUUGUUACCCUAAAUCCUGGUGUUCUUUGACUUAACACCAGUUUGCCAGCACAUAUUUGUUCAUAAUUAGCUAUGUGCCAAGCACUAUGCAGAAUGCGGGGGAUGGAAUAAUCAAUGGGAUGUAGACUUGGCCUUUUAAGGAGCAUGUGUGUCUCUGUGUAUGUGUAUAUAGUAUACACAUGGACACACACCUGAAAAUACAAUAGUUGUAAUAAAUGAUGCUAAGUUUGCUAAUAAAUGGUGUAAAAUAGAGCCCAAAGAAGGGAAUGAUUAAUUCUUUGCUCUGAAUGUGGGGCAGGGGUAAUGUAGGAGGCUCCAUGGGAGAGGAGGCACUUGUUCUGUGUCUUGAAGGAUCAUAAGCUUGUUGUAGUUAGAGAACAUUUCAAAAUCAGGGGAGACCAUAACCUGGGAAUACUAAGGUAUGAAUUGGCACAGCAGGAGCAUAUGGUGCAAGAAAGUAAUAGAAAGAAAUGUCAUUUCUGUAGGUAGGAGUGGUGGAAAGGGAAGCCACUGGAUGCUUUUAAGCAGAGGAGUCACAUUGCUGGGUUUGAAUGUUAGGGUCACUUUAGGGGUGAUGGCAAGGGUAAAUUGAAGAAGAUGAGAUUUGUAGUACACAAGGUGAAAGAGGAUGAGGACUCGAUGGGCCACAGUGUCAAUGAGGAAGAAAGGAAGGGAGGGAGGUGCAGGCUCUAGAGGCACCAAAUAAACAGAACCGAGGGGCUCUAGUGAUCAGCUGAUGUGGAGCCAGGUGUAGUGAGCGGUGGUGUCUAGAGUGAUUCUGGAUUCUGAUUUGGGCAACUGGUUGCCAUCAACCAGAAUGGGGAAUAAGACAUCAAGAAAAGACAGUGAGUUCACUUUGAAAUGUUAACUUUCAGGUUUAUCUGGUGUACUAACACAGGGAUACUCAUUGGCAAGAUGGAUCACAGGUAUGUUCAGUAAAGAUGUAUAUAGUGGAAAUCUUCAUUUGGAGUCACUGGUGGUAGCUAAAACCUUUUCAGUUACUCAGGAAGAAAACAUAUUGGAUAAAGAGAGGAAAGUCUUGAAGAGAACAUGGGAAUACCAGGGUACUAGAAGGAAUGCAGAGAGAAGGAACUGUUAUAGAGGUUUUGAGAGAGUCAGGUGUUGUUAAGAGGACAAAGUUUCACAAAGGGAGUAGUGUACAGGGUGAAGCACUACAACAGGACCAGGAACUGAAAGGGGGUCAGGAUAGCCUUUUGGGCCUGGCGUGGUGUCUCAUGCCUAUGAUCUCAGCACUUGGGGAGGCCAACGCGGGCAGAUCACUUAAGGUCAGGAGAUUGACACCAGCCUGGGCAACAUGGUGAAAGCUCAUCAUUGCAGUUCAGCCUGAGUGAGACCCUAUCUCAAAAAAAAAAAAAAAAAAAAGCCUUUUGGAUUUGGCCAUCUGGAAGGAAAGUAGUCACAGGUAACCUUGUCCUAUUGGAACUUUUUUGUGGUGGGUUGCAAAGUGGAUGGAGCUGCUGGAGUCUCCCCUUAAGAAGCCAGGCAGUGGGGGAAUGGAGGACAUGCCAGUACCAUCUACAAUAAAGGGGAGGGUUUUGUUUUUCCUUAAUGGGCGAGACUCCAGCAAGCCCAGGUUUUGAGAACGAAUGGCUAGGACUAAUUAAAUUGAAGAUAAGAAAGAAAGAGGAAUUCCUGGGAGAGUGAAGCCCCUAGAGGCAGAAAGUACCUCUUCUGAACCUAUAGGCCUUGGUGCAGAUACAAAGGAGUUUUGAGGGUGAAGUUUACAGAGACUUAGGUCUCAUGACCUCAAUUUGCUCUAUUAAGUAGACCAUGAGGUUAUCUGCAGAGAAGAGUAGCAGAGUUUGGCCAGAACAUUGAGAUGAGUCAAGUGAUGUCUUUGAGAUUAAUGCAACCUAGUUUUUUUACUGGAUGACUUUCUUGCCUCACCUUGUCUGGAGCUGUACCAUGUUGGACAUGCUUGGCUCAUUUAAUUCCUGAAAGCCUUAGUUCUUCAUUUCCUGUGUCCUGUUUGGCUUUUGCUCUUUGCCUUAUCACGCCACACAUUUAACCUUGACCUAGCAUGAACUCAUAGCUAUUCACCCUCCCUUUGUGUUUCUGUUUUUUUAAAUGAUAUCUGCUUGUUUCUUUUCUUACUGAGUUUAUAACAAAAUUUACUCUCCACUGUUGCCCUUUUAAAAGUUAGAAUCCUGCCUUCAUUUGUUUUGACUUUUUUUUUUCAUAUAUAUAUACACCUAGCCAGACACUGUCCUAGGAUUGGGAUAUAACAGUGCUCUGGGAGAGAGAUUAAACUCCAAAUAAAAGGUUAUAAAAUAAUUUCAAUUAGCUGGGCAUGGUGGAACAUGCCUGUAGUCCCAGCUACUUGGGAGGCUGAGGUGGGAGGAUCGCUUGCACCUGAAAGGUUGAAGUUGAGGUUGCUUGCAUCUGGGAGGUUGAGGUUGAGACUGCAGUGAGCCGAGAUUGUGCCACUGCUCUCUAGUCUGUACAACAGAGUGAGACCCUGUCUUGGAAAAAAAAGGGAUUUUGAGUUUGAGUUUUGUAAGUAUUGGUAAGGAAACAAAGGGGUGAAAAUUCUGCAUGAGGUAGGAUGGUCAGGAGAGGAUUGAUUCCAUGAGAAGGUGACAUUGAUGUUGAAAGAUAAAGGUGAAAAUGAGCUUACUGUUUGUAGAGGGGAGAAGGGAAAUAGUAAGUCUUAAAAAGUAGUUAUUGUUUUCAUAAAUAGACAUUCCAUACGUAUUGGAUUGUGUGUGAGUAGGUAACUGCCUGGAGCUGUUUGUGGUAUUCUUAUGUCUUCCCUAUUGGUCUUUCCCUGGUUCCUGAAAGCCCCAUGUAAGACCUGUAACAGAUUAUACUCCUCUGCUUUAAAGCAGAUGACUUUUUUUUUUUUUUUUGAGAUGGGUUCUCUUUCUGUCACCCAGGCUGGAGUGCAAUGGUGUGAUUAUGGCUCCCUGCAGCCUUGACCUCCCAGUCUCAAGCAGUAUUCUUACCUCAGCCACCUGAGUAGCUGGGACUACAGAUGCAUGCCCCCAUGACUGGCCCAUUUUUUGCAUUUUUGUAGAGAUGGGGUUUCAUCAUGUUGGCCAGGUUGGUGUUGAACUCCUAGCCUCAAGUUAUCUGCCUGCCUCAGCCUCCCGAAGUGCUGAGAUUAUAGACAUGAGUGACCACACCGGAUGACUUUUUAAUGUAUUUUUUUUAAGAAAUAUUGACAGGAAACGUAGCCGUUACCGAACACCUACUAUGCAUUUAUGAGCAGAGGAAAAAAACAAGGCACAUGUGCAUUUCUUUUGCUCAGUUGGAUGAUUUUUCUCUCUGCCCUCCCUCCCUCCCAACAUCAGCAUCUGUGGCUUCUCAAGGCAUUAGU